CUCAAGUUGGGAAGCUUCACAUCUUUACCAUGGAAUUAGCUGGUGCGGGCGCUCUGGCUUCAUCUCUGGGUGCUAAGAUAGCAUCAGCAGUGACCUUGGCUCAAGCUGCCGGGACGACCACUGGCACCUUCAUAGCUGGCCUUUCAUCGCAGGGGCUCGCACUGGUACCUCAGGCUGCCCUGGCCCCUGCAGCGUCUGUCCUGGGCUCUGCAGUGUCUGCCCUGACUCCCGCAGCGUCUGCCCUGGGCUCUGCAGUGUCUGCCCUGACUCCCGCAGCGUCUGCCCUGGGCUCUGCAGGGACUGCUCUUGGCGCCAUCCUGCCAGAGUCCUCUGCUGUUCUUGCUGUGGCAUCUUCCUCAAUUGGAGCCAAGAUUGUCAUAGCUGCAGCUGGAGGAGGGCUGGCCGUGGUGUCUGUGCCCCUGGUGCUGAGUGCUGUGGGCUUCACGGGGGCAGGAAUCACUGCCUCCUCCCUGGCGGCCAAGAUGAUGUCAGUUACUGCCAUUGCCAAUGGUGGUGGGGUGCCCGCAGGAAGCCUGGUAUCCAUUCUGCAGUCCGUGGGGGCAACUGGUCUCACUGCAUCUUCUAAAACUUUGCUGGGCACCGUUGUGUCAACUGGGACAGCCAUUGUGGCAUCAGCGGUGGGCCUCUAAUAGCUCCAGGCCCUUGCUUGAGAAGGAAAGGACCACAGGAGCAGAGACUGGUGUUCCACAGCUGGGCUGACCCAGGAAGAGACCAGUCCUGAGGUGACAAGUCACCAAAUGGUAUAUCCUUAGGGAAAAGAAAGAAUAAAAUGAGUUACUGUCCACCUUA